AUGUUGCCAAACCAAUAACAAUUCUUAAACGAAUCAUUCCAUUUUGAUAACUUUUAAUAGAUUUCUCCUAUAUUUUAAGAAUUUCUUAAGAUCAUUAAUUCUAAUGCUAUAGAUAUACUUUAAAAUUCAAAUUCUCUUAGUGAAAAUAUGAAUUUAGAAGUUAGUCAUAAAAACUAGGAUUCUCAAAUUAGUAGUCCCACCUAGAUUUAUUUAACUAAGAAAAAAUGGCAGGAUAGAUCUAAUGUGAAACAAAAAUAAUUGUAACAACUGAUAAGUUGUUAAAAUAAUAAUUGUUAGAAUAAAAGAAAAAAUUUAAAUGAAACUUAGAUCAAAGGAAAAACUCUCCUUUUAUGUAAUAGCUGUUUAUAUAAUUAUAACUCAAACAACUAUUGUGAGUAUUGUAUUUAAGUAUUUAAAAAUCAAUAAUUUAAGAUAUAUGAUCCUAAUAUAGGUUAUGAAAUGGAUGAUAAAUAAUGGAUUAUGUGUGAAAAAUGCAACAGAUGGGUAAAUAUUUAUUUUAUAUUGUAGAACCAUGUUGAAUGUGAAUAAACUUAAGGAAAGUAGAAUUUGAUUAAAAUAACCUAUAAUACAAAAUAUAGAUGUUCCUAAUGUCAUAAAAAUAAAAAAUAAUAAGCUAAAUAUAAAAUACAUAAAGAUACUUUUUAAGAUCAGGAAUUAAUUAACAUUAAAACAAAAUAACCAUAAACUAUAUUAAAAUUAACAAAUAAAGAAAUAUUUGAAGAUAUUUCUCUUCUAAAGAGUCUAUUAUUAGAUGAGAAAUAAAAAAAAGUGAAAAUAGAUUGA